AUGGAUGAAGCUGGAGGGAUCAUCCAGUGGAACCAGGCAGCUGACCCUCAGCAGGCACCGGGCCACAGUUGGCCCAGGGACUGCAGUGAGCUUCCUGCUAGCAGCCCCAGUGGCAUCUACAUCAUCCAGCCCACAGGACAGCACACCAUUGUGGUGUACUGUGAGAUGAACAGGGAGGAUGGAGGCUGGACUGUCAUCCAGAGGAACCACAGAGAUACAUCAGUCAGCUGGGACGAGUCCUGGAGCACCUACAAGCAUGGCUUUGGGAAUGUACACUCUGAGUUCUGGCUGGGCACCGAGUACAUCCACCAGAUCACCAGGCAGAAGGUCUACCAGGUCAGGUUUGUCAUCUGGGAUGCUUCAAAUAACAUGAAGUUUGCAGACUACAACCUGUUCAGCCUGGGUGAUGAGUCCCAGGGCUACCAGCUGAGGCUGGGAGCACACUCGGGCACAGCAGGGGAUGCCAUGGCCUCCAAGGGCACGACCACUAUGCAUGACAACAUGAAGUUCUCUGCUAAAGAUCGGGAUCAGGACACUUCUAGUGGGAACUGUGCCACCAGCUCCGGGGGUGGGUGGUGGUACUCGGCAUGUUACUCUGUGCGUCUGAACUUCAGAGGGGGCAUGACAUGGGGCAGCCUGUGCCAGGGGAACUGCAGAGCCUCGGCCAUCCUCAUCAAACCCGUCACUUACUGCUAG